AAGAGAGGGAGGGAGGGGAUAAGACAAGGCGGGUAAGAGAGGGAGGGAGGGGAUAAGAUAGGGAGCGGAUAAAGGGAAAGCAAGGAUGUUGUGGGUUGAUAAGUAUCGUCCUCACACGUUGGACAAGAUGGUAAUUCACAUGGAAGAGGCGCAGAAUCUGAAGAACUUGGUGUCUACUGGAGACUGCCCCCAUCUGCUCUUCUAUGGGCCGUCGGGAUCGGGGAAGAAGACGCUGAUCAUGGCGCUUCUGCGAGAGCUGUAUGGGCCCAGCGCAGAGCGGGUGAAGGUUGAGAACAAGCCCUGGAAGAUCGAAGCAGGGAGCAGGAAGAUUGAGGUGGAGCUGACGAUGGUCUCCAGCAACUUCCACGUGGAGAUGAAUCCGAGUGACGCGGGGUUCCAAGACCGCUAUGUGGUCCAGGAGGUCAUCAAAGAGAUGGCGAAGAGUCGGCCUCUGGACAUCGUUUCAGGGAACAGGAAGUACAAAGUCCUGGUGCUGAACGAGGUGGACAAGCUGAGCAAAGAGGCACAGCACUCCCUGCGGCGAACGAUGGAGAAGUACAGUGCUUCUUGCAGGCUGAUCUUGUGCUGCAACAGCGCGUCGAAGGUGAUCGAGGCUGUCAGGAGUCGUUGCCUCAGCGUGCGCAUAAGCGCGCCGAGCAACGAGGACGUCAUGAGCGUCCUGCGCCACGUGGCGAAGAAGGAGAACCUGGUGCUUCCGUCCUCCCUCGCCGGACGGAUCGCCCACCACUCGAAUCGCAACCUGCGCAGAGCGUUGCUCUCCUUCGAGGCCUGCAAGGUGCAGCAGUACCCUUUCACGGAAAACCAGACCGUUCAGACCACAGAUUGGGAGCUGUACAUAGCCGAGAUUGCGGGCGAGAUACUGAGCGAGCAGAGCCCAAAGAGGUUGUUUCAAAUCCGGCAGAAACUGUAUGAACUGCUUGUCAAUUGUAUUCCGCCGGAGGUGGUACUGAAGAGACUCAUGCUAGAACUGAUGAAGAAGCUGGAUUCAGAGUUGAAGCAUGAAGUGUGUCACUGGGCCGCGUACUAUGAGCACAGGAUGCAGCAGGGACAGAAGGCCAUCUUCCAUCUCGAGGCAUUCGUCGCAAAGUUCAUGAGCAUUUAUAAGAAGUUCCUUAUCGCUAUGUUUGGGUAGAAGCCACCUGGAGUGGAUGUUGGUUUCCAACGGGGUGAACAAACUGGAUGCGGAGCUGACGACUGACAGACAGCCAGAAGCAAAGCAUGAAUUAUUCUUUCUGUGACUGGGCCGCCGCCUUUCACCAGCAUACGGUGGCAGCGGGGAAAGAGGGGACUAUCUCUUCCUUCCAUCUCGAGGCGUUUGCUGCAAAGUUAAGGUCAUGAGCAUUUUUAUGCAGUUGCUUGUUGCUAUGCUACGCUUGGGUAGAGCCAAGUGGUGGAUGUCGCUUUUAGAAUGCGGGAUGGACAAGCUGGACUCGGAGCUGCUGGCUGGCUGACUGAAGCAUGAACUCUGUUACUGAGCCGCUUUUUACCAGCACAGGGUACAGCAGGGACAGAGGGAGAUAUCUUCUUUCCAUCUUCAGGUGUGUGCUGCAAAGUUCAUGUCAUGAGCGUGUUCAAUUAAGUUCCUUUUUAUCUCUAUGUCGUUUGCGUAGAACCAAGUGGAUGUUGGUUUGGGACAGGGUGAAGAAGAUGGGAUGAGUUGGGAGAGGCUGCUGCUUCUGCUGCUUCUGCUUCUGCUUCUGCUUCUGCUUCUGCUUCUGCUUCUGCUUCUGCUUCUGCUGCUGCUGCUGCUGCUGCUGCUGGAUGCGGUAACAAUGGAGACUUGUUUUCCACGGGGACCAAUGAGUGGACUUGUUUUCCACUGGGACCAGUGAGUGGUGGACCUCUUUUGACGAAUGUAGGAUAUACAUAACAGGGACAAAGGAGGAGCAGAAGAGCGUAUUCAACUUUGAGAGUUUUGUUUUUGUUGGCAAAGAUGGGGAGCAUCUGUCUAUGCCUGGAGACUGGUAAAGGAGUUGAAGAGAGUGGAGAGUUGAUGAAAACGGUGAAGAAGGUAGACAGGCGUGGAUCAGGAGCGUCAUGAUGAUGUGCUUGACACUGCACUGCCAGCAGCCACAGAAGACCAUCUUCUGCCUUGAGGCACUUGUUGAACUGCCCAUGAGCUGUCUUCAUGUAAAGCCACGCAAGUGUCGAAGUGGUUGCAGACCUGACGCUUGAUGUGCCAGCCACCGGCCACAUGUGUGUGCUCAUAACCAAGCGGAUGCUGGCUGGAGCUGAAGAAGAAGAAGAAGAAGAAGAAGAAGAAGAAGAAGAAGAAGAAGAAGAAGAAGAAGCUGGACUUGGAGAUGAAGCACGAUUUCAUCUAUUUGCCACCAGUGUGCCUCCUUUUACGAGUGUUGGAUGCACAGCGGAGACUACUGGGCAAGUGUGUACAUAACCAAGCGGAUGUUGGCUUUGAUCUGAAGAAGAAGAAGAAGAAGAAGAAGAAGAAGAAGAAGAAGAAGAAGAAGAAGAAGAAGAAAGAAGCUGAAUGGUGAUGUUUGUUUGUUUUUUUGCCAGCAGUAUGCAUCCUUUUGCG